AUGGCUGACACUCACAGUUACCCUGUUUAUUUCGAGUGUCCCGGCCUGCUCGGGGAACAGAAGAAGAAGAAGAAAAUAUGGUUGUAUUUCCUCAAUCGCCGAAAAUCAGGCGGAGAGGACUGUGGACCGGUGAGGCGCGAGAGCGAUACGGUGUACAGCGUUGCCUUCAAAUGUCAAACAGGUAGGCCAUAAUAAUAAUAACAACAACAACAACAAGAAACUAACAUAAAGCUACAAAUAACCCCGAAUAUUAAUGUAUUUUUCAUAAUAAGAAACUUGUUGUAUGUUGUUUAAGAACUUUGCCUUUUGGGUUUUCUGCCUCUCACUUAUAAUUUGUUAGUUUUUGUUUCUUCGUAUACUUUUUUAAACCGUGCAAAAAGAAAAUAAACAAUAAACUUAUAAGCAUUGCUGCACAUUACCCAAAAGUCACUUAAAAUGACUCGGGUUGGCUCGACAAGAUGGUGUUUGUAUUAACUUUUUUGUACUGAAAUAAUGUCAACAUCAACAAGUUUACUGUUUAAUCAGAUAAUAUCUGAGAGGAGAUUCAUUUGGUUUCACUUUCGAGAAACAUGAAACUCAGUCACUGCUGCACAGGGGCGUAUUCAGCAGUUGGUUAGAGGUGGCCAUGCCCACCCCCGCUUGAAACGUAAUCCUGCAUCCCCAUGCUUUUUUUGUUUGUUUUUUUUUCACUCUGGUUGACUUUAAUACUUUUGAUACCUUCAAAAAAUAAUAAUAAAACACCAGUGUCACCCUUUCUGUCUUAGAUCAGCAAAGAGUCCUGCAAAGGUCUGAGCAUGUUGUGGAGCUUGCAGAUGGUCGAUUGGUCUUAACAGUGCAGGACACCCUUGAACCUCACACCUCUGCUAUCAACACUGAAGCACCAGACUCGGAUGUUACAGUUCCAGAACAGGUUAGCACCUCACUUCUUUUUAUUCAGAUUAAGUCAAUUGAAAAUUUGUCUCUAUAGUUUACAUUACAUGUGUGAUAGAUUAAUGAUGCUAAAGAGACAGUGUACUUCAUCAUUAGCAUAUUACAACAAGCUUUAUUAUGGCUGGAAUUAAGUAUGGUAAAUGGGUAACAAGCAAUUUUCAUUACAUGGUCAUCUCUUUUCAACACAGAUCCCACUUGAUAAAAAGGAAAGUGUUGAACCAGUUGCUUUGGACCAGUCUUGUGCCCAAAGCAGAGUACCCCUGCCUUCCCCAGGGUUAGGACAAGAAUUACCAGAACUACUGCAGGUCCAUUCUUUGACAUCCUCCGCUGAGUCAGCGGUGGAGGUUGAAGGUCCCUCCAACCUCAAUGUCACUGACCCCCGCCUGGACUGCCUUGAUGACGAUGGAGUCAUUAUUGAAGAUCCAGGGUCAAUAAGAUUUUUCCAAAUCUCCCUUGAGGAAGAUGAAACCCCAAGUGUCGCAAAUUUGGCAUCCUCAGGCGUAGGUGAAGUUAACACAACAGUCGCCAGCUACCACCUUCAUGAAGGGCUUCAAGUGCUGGCUUGUCAUGGUGACAUCACCAAACAGGAUGCUGACACCCUGGUGAACGCUGCAAACAAAGAUUUGGACCACUGUGGAGGGGUUGCUGCUGCACUGAGCAAAGCAAGUGGUCCGGAAGUACAGCAAGAGAGCAACAAUCUAGUGGAGUGUUUCGGGAAAAUACCAACAGGUGAGGUAGUUGUGACCGCAGGGGGGAACUUGAACUGCAAGUUACUGCUGCAUGCUGUCGGACCUGUUGGUGGAGAAUCAGGGGGAAGAGAGAGGGCCUUACUUGAAAAAGUAGUCCACUCGGCUUUGAAUUUAUCAGACAUCAUGAAGUUGGAGUCCAUUGCUAUGCCGUGUAUCAGCUCAGGGGCAUUCGUCUCUCUUAAAGUGUGUGCCGAGGCUAUCAUGACCGCUGUAAAGGAGUUUGGCAGCCAGGGAGGGCGAAGCUUGAGCACUGUCAUUUUGAUUGAUAACAGGGAGGAAGUGGUUAAGGCAAUGCAGGAAGCAUGUGACGGGAUUCUCACCAGGGUAACCCCUGAACAAAGUGAACCAACUUGCGAUGAGUUCCCAUUGGGAGCAUUUGCAAAAGAGGAAGCUAGAGCUCCUGGAGAUGAUGAGGGGGAGGGGGGAUAUGCCAAUCUUUAUUCCAAAACGCAUCUUUGUAAACACUUAUUCUGAUCGUGUGUCCUCAUGUGUACCCUACGUCAACAUGACGCAAUUCCGCCGUUAGUGAAAAGACGUAAAUACGGCGGGAUCCUAAAGCAAUUGGUCUGUGUCUGACACAGUUUUCUUGCUGAAUAUAGUCUUCUUGUGCAAUGUAGAAUCAGGAUGUGCCACUGGGCCCACUUAAUGAUCAUGUAUGCUAGAAGCAGUACAACCACUCUCAGAGCCUGGCUCAGGUCCAAUCUGAGUGGAGGGAAAAAUCCUGAAUCGGACAAAGUUAGCCGCUACAGCAUUUGUUGGUUUGUUGGCAGCUCAGAUGUAAAUGCAACUAUAAUUCUGUGGUUGUUUUAGUGAAAUUAGACAACUCUGUGCAUGUCCAAAUGCUUCUAACCUGAAUAAAGCUUGGUGCAUGUAUAUGUGGAGUGGAUUCAGAUUUCCUGAUCCCUCAAAUUUUUGAUUGGAUUGAGAAAUUUUGGAUAUGUAAACAUGACUAGUGACAUGACAAGGCUGGUUAUGUCUUUUUCAUAUUGAAUGAAAUUUUACUCUAUCACUCUACAGGGUCUGUUACGAAGAGGAUCGUACUACUGGGGAAAACAGGAUCUGGAAAGAGCGACCUAGCUAGCACCAUAAUUGGAGAGAAAUUGUUCAGCACAGAUCACAACCCCACCUCUGGAACAAAAGAAUGUCAAGCAGAAACCAGAUCCGUCAACGGAAGAAGCAUCACUGUGAUCGACACUCCUGGUUUCUUCGAUACAGGAAGGUCUGAGGAGGAGAUGAAGCCCGAGAUAGUGAGGUGUAUCACAGAGUGCGCUCCUGGGCCCCAUGCUUUUCUCAUUGUGCUCAAAGUGGAGAAAUUCACUGAGCAGGAGCGGGCAGUCAUCACUGAAAUAUGCCAGUAUUUCUCUGAGGAUGCUCUCAAAUAUGCUGUCAUUGUCUUCACCCAUGGUGAUCAGCUGCCUGAGAAGGUGAAAAUCGAGGAGUUUGUUAGUCAGAAUAAGGAUCUGAGUGAUCUGGUGAGGAAGUGCGGAGGGAGGUGCCACGUCUUUGAUAAUAGAUACUGGCAGAAUAAAGGGCAGAGUAACUACAGAAGCAACCAGUUCCAGGUUGAGGAGCUACUCAACACAAUAGAUCAGAUGGUGAUGGAAAACGAAGGUGGCUUCUACAUGAAUAGGAUGCUUCAAGUUGUAGAGACAGGGAUCCAGAGAGAGGAAGAGAGAGUAAGACAGUCCAUGGGUGAUGUGUCAGCGGUAGAGAUCAGAAGAGUAGCCAGAAGCAGAAUUAAUGAGAUUUUGAUCCAGCUGGCAGGCAUUGGUACAGGAGUAUUGGUAGGGGCUCUUGUUGGCAUUGAAGUGAUGCAAAAAGUAGUCAUCAAAGCUCUGAAAAACAAUGCAGCCUUCACGGAACUCAUUAGAAAUUUACCAGCUGUAGGAAGAGGAGGAAUUAAAGCAACAGGUCUAGAUGCUGCAUGUAUGGUUGGUGUGGCUGCAUUCGGCUUUGCUGCAGCAGGUGCAGUAAUGGGUGGAAUCACUGGAGGUGAAGCAGCUGAAGGAGCUGCAACACCCAUGGAGGCAGUCAACAAGGCAGCCAAUGCUGUGACCAACAAAGGGAAAGCUAUUCUGCCAUGUGACUGA